UACAGUAGAAGGAGACGAGGGCGGGGUUUCCCUCCAAGAUGAGGCCAACUAAAAUAAAAAUUGGCUUCUUUCAGCUGGCGUAUGUGCCGUAAACUCUACGGACAAACACACAAGCCUGAACAGACAGGGAGGGGGAUGAGGAGGUGGUCUGAGGAGCGGAUCUUCUCUCUUCAGUGUCGGCUUACCUCCCCUGUGAAGCUGGGACGCUUUUGAUCCCGUUUGUUUAAGCCGUAGCUGCUGGGUGUCAGUUUGUGUUUUCUCUCUGCGCUUUUGAAUAUUUCUGUUUGCUGACCGGUCUGUGUGCUGUAACAUCCACCAUCCUCUGCAGCCAUGUCGGACUCCGAGGACAUGACGGAGUUCGCCAGCAUCGUGGAGCGGAUCGAGCGGGGCGAGGUUCCAAUCAAGAACAUCGAGAGGGAGCUGAUCUGCCCGAUCUGUAAGGAGCUCUUCACCCAUCCGUUGAUCCUGCCCUGCCAGCACAGCGUCUGCCACAAGUGUGUCAGAGAGCUGCUGAUGCUGAACCAUGAGGACUCUUUUGAUGCUAGCUCCGAGUGCUCCCUGCCGGGCAGCCCCAGGUCCAGGGUGCCUUCCCCUUCCAUGGAGAGGCUAGACAGGCUUGUGAGAUCAGGUGGGUCUCGGGCCACAGUGCGAAGGUCGUUUGGAGGUCGAGGUAGACGUGGCCUCCGUGUUUUGAGUAGCUGUAGUAGCUCCAUCUCGUCCCCGGGAUGGCGCAGAGGUUCUGUGACUCCUCGGGUCACCACCAUCCCAUGCCCGGGCUGCCAGCAUGACAUCGACCUUGGUGAGCGCGGCAUCAGCAUGUUGUUCCGUAACUUCACUCUGGAGAACAUCGUUGAGCGCUACCGCCAAGCCGCCCGCGCAGCCGUCGCGAUCAUGUGUAACAUUUGUAAGCCUCCACAGCAGCAGGAGGCUACAAAGAGCUGUAUGGACUGCAAGGCUAGCUACUGUAACGAGUGCUUCAAGCUGCACCACCCCUGGGGUACACCCAAAGCUCAGCACGAGUACGUCGGUCCCACCACAAAUUUUAGGCCCAAGGUGCUCAUGUGUCCAGAGCACGAGAUGGAGAAGGUGAACAUGUACUGUGAGGUCUGCAGACGACCCGUGUGCCACCUCUGCAAGCUGGGAGGUUCCCACGCCAACCACAAAGUCACCUCCAUGAGCAGUGCCUACAAGAUCCUCAAGGAGAAGCUGGCCAAGAGUAUCCAUUACCUCAUCAGCAAAGAGGACCAGGUCAGGACUCAGAUUACUGAUCUUGACCUGCUCAUCAAUCAGACUGAGGAAAAUGGCCAGCUAGCAGAGCGUCAAGCCAAUGAGCACUUUGAGCGUCUGUUUGAGACUCUGCAGGAGAGGAAGUCAGAGAUGCUAAGGUCCAUCGAACAGUCUAGAAACCGGCGCCUAGACCAACUUAAGGCUCAGGUAGAGGAAUACCAGGGCAUGCUGGAGAACAGUGGCCUAGUUGGCUACGCUCAGGAGGUGCUGAAAGAGACGGAUCAGUCCUGCUUUGUACAGACUGCAAAGCAGCUACACAUCAGAAUCCAGAAGGCCACGGAGUCUCUGAGGACCUUCCACCCAGCGUCUGACCCCUGCUUUGAUGAGUUUGUGCUGAACACAUCUAGAGAAGAAACUCUGCUCAAAGAGAUGUGCUUUGGUGGAGUUCCCGACCCUCCUCUGAUUGACUUGUCCAGCAGCAGAGUCUAUAACGAGGCGUCAAUCUGCUGGAGACUGUCUGAUGACCACCUACCUACAGAUCACCAUGUGCUUGAAUACCGCAGACUCGGUGGCGCGAGCCAAUCCCCGUCCCAGGAGGACGGUGAGGACAGUGGGGUCUGGAGGGCUACAGACAGGGUUUAUGGUCCCAGCACUGUGGUGUGUGACCUGGAACCUGACAGCCUGUACUCCUUCAGGGUCCGAAGCUGCAGGAACACCAUGUUCAGCCCCCACAGCCCUGAGGUCACCUUCCACACACCACCUGCACCUGCUUUUGGUUUCUUGUUCAGCGACAAGUGUGGCUUCAGUACGGAGCGGCUCGUUCUAAACAAGCGGCGGGACACUGUGGAGAGCGUAGCGAGCAUGGCCUUCCUCCUUGCAGCAGAACGUGUGCAGACGGGCAGCUACAUCGGACUAGACUACAUCAUUGGGGAUAUGGGCAUCUCUCAGGGAAGACACUAUUGGGCCUUCAAGGUGGAGCCGUACUCCUACAUGGUUAAAGUUGGAGUGGCUUCUGAUUCAAAGCUGCUUGAAUGGUUUCACAAUCCAAGAGAUACCAGCAGCCCAAGGUAUGACCAUGAUAGUGGACAUGACAGCGGCAGUGAAGAAGCGUGCUAUGAGCUCUCCCAGCCCUUCAUCCUCCUCACCGUGGGCAUGGGCAAACUCUUCAUCCCCAAGACUUCUUCAUCCUCCUCUGCCUCCACGGUAACCGCAUCCUCCGGUGACCCUGGCAACCGUGUGCUGCCCAUGCCACAGCGCUUGGGUGUAUGCCUAGAUUACGACGAGUGCCGGGUGUAUUUUUACGAUGCCGACACCAUGAGGUGCCUUUAUGAGCGGCAGGUGGAUUGUUCAGGAACAAUGUAUCCAGCUUUUGGGCUCAUGGGCAGCGGCAAGGUUCAACUGGAAGAAUUCAUCACGGCUAAGAGACUGACCUUCUGAGGAGGGAUGGAGCAUGUUGGUGCAUCAGGACCUGCAUCUGUCUAAUCAUUGGCAUGUUCUUGGAGGUUAAAUUGAGCGUUUUUUUUGGGUUCUUUUUUGUGUGUGAAGGUCAGACAAGGCAGAUGUGAUCAGAGCCUUUCGUUCUUAAUGUGAAAAUAGGGUUUGUUCCAGAGACUGACCUAUUUAGAGUUGGCAUGUAUAAUGUAUGAUUCAUACACAAGAGUAUGACGCUGAAUAUUAGUGUUCACAUACAAAUGUCUUCAGAGGUUGGUACAUGGUAUGUGAAAGGUCUUCUCUACAUACCAAAGGCUCUGUGUCUGUUAAUUCUAUUCGACCCGGUUUUAAUUGCCAGUCAUGGCCAGCUGUUACUGUAUCAGAAUUGGGUGCAAAGUUAAUCUGCAGCUACUUUAAAUCUUUGUUUUAAAAUGAAACGCCUUUCGGUCUUACACUUUUGUAUCAAGUAUCUUUGUGGAUUAUUUUGUGUUUAUUAAUUAUUGGGUGAUCUAUUUUUCUUUGGCUCUUUUCUUUAACUUUUUGUCUAAAUGUAGCAGCAUAGGUAAGAUGUAAUCUUGAUGGACCUGAAAGCCUUGUAGCUACUAUGAAGCUAGCGCCUUUGUGCCUUUUUGUUGUGUUUUUAGGAAAUUGGUCCCUUAGUUUGCUCUAGCAAGAAGAUGUUGGUGUAACUGCACAAGCAUUAUGGAAAUACUUAAAUAUACUGUAUGAGUUUUUACUGUAGGUAGAUUGAUCAGACACUGGUGUCAAAGUUAUACAAUUUUUGUACUUGUGACCUCAUCACAGAAAACACUACUUUUCCUCUUGGUCACAGUUAUGUUCAGCUGUUUUUGCACAAUAUGAUGAAUGAACUUUGCACAUGAUUAACUUAACAAUCAUCACAUUUUGAUCACUACUUAGUUAGCUUCUUCACUUCAAAUGUUAUGGACAAACUGGCACAUUGCUGUCUCACAGUGACUAACCUUCACAAAAGCAUUAAAGCAGUAAUCCUGGAGUAGUUACUUGGAUUUUAAAGCCUCUCCCUUUUCCAAUGUACUGCAUGUGACUAGAACACCUUAAACCCAGCCAGGUACCAGAACACUGUACUUGUGGUCAACAUCAGUUUGACAGCUGCAAAGUCACAAAUAACCAAAGCGUGUUGGUCCUGGUGCUGACUUAAGUGCGACACACCACUCUGUGGCCUAGCAGCCUUUAAACACAGUUUUAAAACAGUUUAGGUUCUUACAUGAAGUGCUAUCACAAUACACACUGUUCAGUACCUUUUUUACUAUUUAAAUCACUGUUGACUUGCAGUGCAGACACAUGUGAGUGUAGCAUAUUAUGUCACCGGCGAGUUGGCUAUCAGACAGAUCCGCUAAAUGGUUGAUUGGCUUUGAUUAAACCAGCUCUGUUAUCCAAGUCUAAGACCACACACUACACCGACUGUUUGCUGGGCAACCACACUUGGUUUUUGUACAGCUGUAUAUGUGCCUGCACAUGGGCUUUGUUAUACAUUUAUGUUUGUUUUGAUUUCUGGAGGGUUAAGGGUAAUCGGUGAGUGUGUGUGUUUUCUCAGGUGUCUGGCCCUGAUUGGGACCCAAUGCUACCUCUAUCUGUCAGACCUGGAAAACCUUAACUACUGUACCUUUCCUCAUAGAAACAAGUUCGGUUUGAUUUGCAGCUUUGUUACAGUCGAUACCGCCGCCUUGUCUUUAACGUCAGAUAACGAGAAGGUAUUUCUAAAAUGCUUAAUUUAACUUCCAUAUACAUAAUCUCGUAUUGUCAGUGAAAUAAAGUAAAUCUUAAUCUAAAUGUUUAUUAGCUGGUGUUUUCCCGUUUCACUAUUGGUUACUGUAAGCAGAUGCUACUUUUGUCAAGGGAGUGGUUUUCAAAUGGUACUAUCUACCUUUACUUCCCUCUUUUUGUGGUGUUGGUUGAUUGGUCAGUUUAAAUGUUUUGGUUAUAUGAUGUGGACCACAUUGAGUGUUUUUGUUUU